AUGACAGUAUUUACAGUGUUUGGAGGUCACGGAAAGGUGGCCCUACAUUUUACAAAACUUGCCAGAGAAUCCAAACAUGUGGUUUACAAUGUGAUCCGUAAUGCUUCCCACAAAGAAGAUGUUGAAGAAAGGGAUGGCCGACCUAAAAUUCUUUCUUUGGAAGAAGCAUCGGCGAACGAAAUUGCUGGGCUGCUCAAGGAAACCCAAACCGACACAGUUGUAUUUUCUGCUGGUGCAGGUGGGAAGGGAGGCCCUGAAAGGACGAAAGCUGUAGAUUAUGAAGGCGCUGUCAAAGUUUAUGAUGCGAUGAAAUUAGCGGGUCUCCGUCGCAUUAUAAUGGUGUCUGCAAUUGACAAUCGUGAUAUGAAUCAACCUCCUCCCAUUCACUAUACAACCGCCGACAGGAAAAUGAGUGAAGACCUCCACAAGGCUCUCCCGACUUACUACCACUACAAGUUCCUUGCCGAUCAAGAAUUGAUAAGACGCACCGAAGAUAUUGACUGGACAAUUUUGCGUCCUUCCAUCCUCACAGACGAUCCAAGCUCUGGAAUGAUUGCUCUCGGUAAUGUAUCCAUUAAGCAGUCCAUCUCAAGAGAAACGGUUGCUCGAGCUAUCCUGGGCUUUGCUUCCAAUGCAGAAUCCCAACACCUUGUCAUUGAUAUGACAGAGGGUGAUGUACCUAUAACAACCGCCAUCCUUGCCUUCCUUGGCCGCAGGGAAUCUUCUUACGAUUAUCCACUUUAA